CGUUGAAGUCCCUCCUUGUUUUUUUUUCUCUCUCCCCCCCCCUUCCCUUCCCCCCUUUGGGCUGCACCCGCAAUUGCAAACCCAUAUAUUAUACCUCUUAAGAGAAAGGAGGAAGCUGCAUGAAAUAUAGCUCUAUGUGUGUCAGCGUGGGGGGCUUUUUCCUCCUCUUUUGCCUCCAUUGCAAAAGGAGGGGGGGCGGAGAGCCAUACUAAAGCCAUCAAUUUGCAAGGUUUCGUCUUCUCCAGAUCCAGACCCUCCUUAACAAACUAGAGCUCAACAAGAAGAGGAGGUGCGGUUAAACAAAUUUCAACUCAGUCUCUGCCCAGUCAGACAGUGUUAACACCCAUUGCUUGGACUCUCACGCAGCACACAUAGAACGAACAUUCAGUACCAUCUUCCUGUGAUAGGAGGCUCCUAAGAGGAAACCUUCUACCUUUCAAUGCACGACCAAUGCUAUCCCAAAUGCUAUAAGAUGUUUGCAGAAUUUCAGCAAUCUUACCCCUGAAGUCUUGUCAUAAAUCGCAUGAGAUUUUGCUCAAAUCAUUAUCGUCAUCAUCAUCAUUAACAACAACAUUUUAGAAGGGCUACAGAGGUUCCAGAUGCUCAUGGACAUUUGUGGAUAUGAUGAUCCCUCAUAUAUGUAAUAUGAAGCUGUUUCAGUAGAUUAUUGAACAGAAAUUCCUCUAUUAUUAAUGAGUAUUCAAAUGCUUGUAAUCAUUCACUGAAGAAAACACAGGGUUAUAUCCUUCAUCGUGACCUCAUGGUUUAAGCGGGCAUAAAGAUGAGUAUAAGCAGUGAUGAGGUUAACUUCCUCGUAUAUAGAUAUUUGCAAGAGUCCGGGUUUUCUCAUUCAGCAUUUACCUUUGGUAUCGAGAGCCAUAUCAGCCAGUCCAACAUCAACGGUGCUCUGGUGCCCCCAGCUGCUUUGAUUUCAAUAAUUCAAAAAGGCCUGCAGUAUGUGGAGGCGGAAGUCAGUAUUAAUGAGGAUGGUACUUUGUUUGAUGGCCGGCCGAUAGAGUCUCUCUCGCUGAUAGACGCCGUGAUGCCCGAUGUGGUGCAAACAAGGCAGCAGGCAUACAGAGACAAGCUUGCUCAGCAACAGGCAGCCGCGGCCGCAGCCGCAGCAGCUUCAACAAAUCAGCAAGGAUCUACGAAAAAUGGUGAAAAUACUGCAAACGGAGAGGAGAAUGGAGCCCAUACUAUAGCAAAUAAUCAUACAGAUAUGAUGGAAGUGGAUGGUGAUGUUGAAAUCCCUCCUAACAAAGCAGUGGUGCUGCGGGGUCACGAAUCUGAAGUUUUCAUCUGCGCCUGGAACCCUGUCAGUGAUCUUUUGGCCUCAGGAUCUGGAGAUUCAACGGCAAGAAUCUGGAAUCUUAGUGAAAACAGUACCAGCGGCUCUACGCAGCUGGUGCUUCGGCACUGUAUACGAGAAGGAGGGCAAGACGUACCAAGUAACAAAGAUGUAACAUCUCUGGAUUGGAAUAGUGAAGGUACGCUCCUAGCAACGGGGUCGUAUGAUGGUUUUGCAAGGAUAUGGACUAAAGAUGGUAAUCUCGCCAGCACGUUAGGACAGCAUAAAGGUCCCAUAUUUGCAUUAAAAUGGAAUAAGAAAGGGAACUUCAUUUUAAGUGCAGGUGUGGACAAGACCACAAUUAUUUGGGAUGCACAUACUGGAGAAGCCAAACAGCAGUUUCCUUUUCAUUCUGCACCAGCGUUAGACGUUGACUGGCAGAGCAACAACACAUUUGCCUCCUGUAGUACAGAUAUGUGUAUUCAUGUCUGUAAAUUAGGUCAAGAUAAACCCAUCAAAACCUUCCAGGGCCACACAAAUGAAGUAAAUGCAAUCAAAUGGGAUCCCACUGGUAAUCUUCUGGCUUCUUGUUCCGAUGACAUGACUCUAAAGAUCUGGAGUAUGAAGCAAGAUAGCUGUGUUCAUGAUCUGCAGGCCCACAACAAAGAAAUUUAUACUAUCAAAUGGAGCCCAACAGGGCCAGGAACAAACAAUCCAAACGCCAAUCUAAUGUUAGCAAGUGCAUCCUUUGAUUCUACAGUCAGGUUAUGGGACGUAGACCGAGGGAUUUGCAUCCACACCUUGACGAAACAUCAAGAACCUGUGUACAGUGUAGCUUUCAGUCCUGAUGGUAGAUAUCUGGCCAGUGGUUCUUUCGACAAAUGUGUACACAUCUGGAAUACACAGACGGGAGCUCUGGUGCAUAGUUAUCGGGGGACAGGAGGCAUUUUUGAGGUUUGCUGGAAUGCAGCAGGAGACAAAGUUGGAGCGAGUGCUUCAGAUGGUUCAGUUUGCGUACUAGAUCUACGGAAAUAGCGCUACUAGUUGGAAGCCAUGGACCGACUAUGAAUGUGUACAUAGCCAAAAUGACUGUCCCCACGACCCAUGUACUGCUAUUGUCCCAACUGAACCAUGGCCAGUCCACUACAGCCAAACCUGAAAUAAUUAAAUACAUGUACUGUACAUUUUCUUUUUUUUAAAAAAAAAAGCAAACGAUUAUACCCUGAAGAAGAUGACAGAGUGACGUCACAGCUUGUGAAGCCUGUUCACCAAGUGCUGGAAUUUGCUGCAGCCCCCCCCCCACCCCUCCUCCCCCAAAAAAAUUUGGGAGUGGGAGGAAAUUUAAAACAAAAAAACAGGACAAGAGAGAAAGAGAACCGAAUUAUGCAAGCAGCCCUUUGAGAGUAUCAGAUUGAGGAAAGCUUAUGUAUGGCUUAUUCUUUUUCCUAUCUUCUUUCUCCUCUUUUCUUUAAUUUUGCCCUUUUUGAAACUUUUGUUUUCCCUUCUUUCUGAUCCCUUCCCACCACCCCAAUAGGUAAUGAGCAGGUUUGGGGUUUUGUUUUUUUUCAUGUAUAGGGAAAACAAACUUGCAUAUCCCUGCUACAGUUGAUUGGUUCAUUGCUUCUUCCCGUUGUGCUCUUAAGUUUUUUAUUGAUGCUUGAAGCCGGGAUGUGAAAUCCUUUUCUAGGUUGUGAUAGAUCUUUCCACUAAGAAUUGGAGGGAGGGGAAUCCUUUUCAGCAGUUCUUUCCAUUCUUCCUUAACUUUAUAGACAUCUGAUAAGAGUUACUCAGAUCUUCUUCCAGUUUAGAUAAGGAGGAAGAAAACAAAACCCAUCCCGACAAAUGAGGAUCGAGUUUCCUUUAUCUUUUCGUCAGAUCCAAUAGUUUACAGGCUACUUCAGAUGCUGCACUUAGUCAUUUUGUUGGUGAUGACAGUUCCAAAAAAGCAACAGUCCCCCCCCCCCCCCCGUCUUGAGACUAAAGAGUGUGCAAAUGGCAAGAAGACACAUAUAUUCUUGAAAUAGGAUGCCCACAAUAGGGAAUCGUGUCAUUGGCUUGGAGACCUUAAAUGGUAUGGGUGGUGAGUCUUUUGUGUGUUCAGAUCUUGGGGAAGGAGGUAAUAGGCCUUGAUGGCUCAGGUAAUCCCAACCCACCUGUGGUCUGUACAUUCCUAGUUUAAGCAAAACAGAAGAAUUGGGGCCUCUUUUUCUUCAAACCCACGAUCAUGGUCCAUUUGAGUCGCGCUGUGAAAAGCCAACCAAUGGAGUAAGAUAGAAGGAUUUGUCUCAUUCUCAGUUUGGGCAAAUGUUUCUUGCUACAACCUCUACGAAUUUCCCCCUGUUUUUUUCAGUAUAACCAAAUUCCCAGUUUGAAAGUAGUUUCGGCCUUUGGGGACAGCGCUUAUUUCUUUUUUCUUUUUCUUCCUUUUUUCCUCUUUGUACAAAAACACAUUUGAAGCCUCUUUGCUAAAGACUUUUCUGAAGUAAGGCAAGUUGUUUACUCCCUUCAAGAUAACUCUUUCGCUGGAAAUUCUCUCCUUGCCCCUCCACAAAAGAUAUUGAAGAGGGAGAACUGAGCAAUAUUUGCAGCAGGGGAUUAAGUUCCACUGGGCUGGUGAAAGUUCCCAGUGAAUGGCUCCUCAUAUUAUUAUUUUUUUAAAUCAAAAGAAAGGAGAAACAUCCCCUGGCAAAAAACUCUCUUUGCUUCAUGCUUUUUUUAACUACCAAAUGACUGAGCUUCCAUACUAGAAAAUAGUCUUGCACUAAUUUUUCCCUGUUGCUCCCCCAUUAUUAUUAUUAUUAAUUUUUUUCCUGUGUGCUUGUCUCCUUUCACUUCAUCACACCACCCUUCAAAUUUAGAUUUAAGUGUAAGCUGCUAAUUGUUUUUCGGGAGAAAAUACGAUCACUACUUUGGAAUGUCUGUGUUUCUUAAUAUCAAGUCUUGCUUUUCCUUCACAUGAACACUCUGCUCGUGUUUGAUCACAAGGGAUAGCAACAGUGGGACUUUAGUGUGUGUGUGUGUGUGUGUGUGUGUGUAAGUUCAGUGCAAAGGCUGUCCUGUUCCAUUCUCGUUUGAUGCUCCGCGUCUUAUGCAGCUUCCAACUUCCUAAACAAAGAGGGAGGUGUUCAGAGUUGGUUAAGAUUUCACCUGCUUUCUACCUAAAGGAAUGCUUUGUACUCAUUUGCUUUGCCAAAGCGUUUUGGCUCUCCUUUUCAGUCGCAGCAACGCAGUGCAGAAAUACUGAACUUCCAAUCUUUUCCAUUUUUGCUACUUCUUUCAGUAGGCAGCUCAGCAGAUAAACCCAAAGCUUGAACCUCUUCCUUCGAAGAUAUAAACUGAUUCCCUCUUUUAUUUGUAAAUUAGCCACCAUAUUGAAUUCUCCUUUUCCCUCCUUCCAAUGAGGGUUAUUAUGUUUUCUUUUUUUCAAUGUGUGUGUGUGUGUGUGUGUGUGUUUCCAUACAUCAUUGUGGUGUGUGUCUCCUUUCUUUUUAACAUCAGGCAAGGAAAUGCACACCAAAGCUUCAUCGAUCCAGAUUUAAGAUUAAGAUCGAAGUUCUAAGAGAGAAAACGCUGCUUCUGCAGUAACUCCAUUUUCUUGUAAGAUUUAGCUCAAUCUUCUAUAUCCCAUUGCAGCUUUUGCUAAAUCAGACAACUGCCUCCUGCCUCCCCCUCUUUAUGAAGUACAUUCUUUCAGCAUUGACUUCUGCCACGUCUGUGUACAAGCCCAGAAAGCAGAUCUUGAAGUAAGUCGAGUUUAUCUACUUGGUAAGAUAACCAUAACCAUUUUUAGCUGAUUUAUAAUACACCAUCAUGGUUAUUCUUAAUGGGGGAUUAUAAAGUUACACACAGAUUGCGAGUGAAGAAAAGGAAGAUUUACACCCAUAAGGACAGUCGUUCCAUCCAAUGAUACCUCUGUAUUAAUUGUCUAUAAGGUUUGGGAAUAGGCUUAGGAGGUUAAGAAUAAUUUUCCCUGUAAAUUAUAAUAUGUAAGAAACUUAACCUGUUGAGUAUCUGGCACUUGAAAAACCUUGCUUUUUACCGCUGGAGGUCCAGGACUGUGGCUGACCUCUGUCAUUAUUAAAAUAAUUUUUUAAAAGUUUAAAAUAUGUAAAAAAAAAAUCUGUGCAAUAAUUUUAAACUGUGCUCCCAGGAAUAGACACAAAUGUGUUUUUUGGGGAUUUUUAUUUUGAGUAUAUUUAAACAGCAUUUUCUUUUCCUUUAGCAAACACAAAUGUCAAUUGCACUGAAUUUAAAUCUUUUAAAAAAAAAGUCAGAGGUGAUUCUUGAUAGUACUUUUGUAUUUUGAUAUGGACAGUCUGUUCGUUUUUCAUACAAGCUCUUGAACUGAUGUUUCAGCUUCCUUCAAAAAAAAAAAGUGUAUAAAAAGGAGAUGGUGUUUGAAGUCUUUUGACACAGCUGCAAGAUUCCACAGCAACGUUCAUAUUUCUGGUUUUGCAACUGUUUAGCUCUUGUUCUUUUGGUUGGUUGGUUUGUUUUGAUUCUAGCCAUUUAAGUAUGAUAUAGCAUGUAGACUUUAUUGAAGCUUCAUUAUCACAGCUGUGUUAUCAACCAAGCCCUGGGCUGAUUUUCCCCCCUCCUCCUCACAUAAUUUUGCUUUUAACACUAUUCAAGGAAGACUGUUAUUUUCUGUGGGCCAGAUGUCCAGUCUUGCUCUUGAGUUCCACAAACCACAUUCCAAAUCCCCAAGUCCCACACCUGGCAAAAAGUAACUUCAUUCCCAUGGCCUGCAGACCCUCCCAGGCAUUCUAUGUUUCCAUGCCACGAUAAACCAUUGCUGUUAAAAAGAGUAUUUUCUGUUGGAAAUAGGAUAGUAGGUAUUUUGGAGAUUUUUCCCCGCCCCCUUUCUUUCAUCGGAUCUGUUUGUGCUGUCCAUCUUUCUUCUCUCCCUCCACACUGCAGCUUCCCUGUCCUUGCAUGGGUCAUUUGGGGAAGGGAGGUUAAAGUGAGGGGAGGAGUUAGCAGCACAGCUUUAAAGCAACAACAACAACAACAACAACAACAACAACAGGUAUUGCGGUAGGGAAAAGGGCCAGCUGUAUUGUGAUUGUUUAUGUGAUAGGCAUUGAACUGAAAGCCUGGAGCUCUCCCAACUGUUGAUGGCUGUCUUUUCAUCAAUGUGCCACAGUGCUGCUCCAAUUGUGAAUGGACUUCCUUCUCCUUUUCAGUAAGGCAAAACUUUGAGAAUGUGGUAUGAAAGGGGGGAAAAAAGCUGAGCGCAAUAAAAAGAGCAAUUCAAACACCCAAGGCAGAAUAAACAGAAUGGGAAAAAAAACCCCAAAGCUGCCAUUCCUCAUUUCAGGAUAUAACUACAUGUAAGGCCUCUCCACCUUGUAUUUUAUUUUCAACACGAGCAGGGAUAUGGCGGGUUGAGAGAUAUCACAGUGUUCCUUGGCUAUUCUUUAAUUUGUCAUUCACGUUACCACCACUGUUUUUAACUUGUGUGCCUGUGCAGGCUCUAAAAGCAGAAGUCUUGGCUGAACUGGGAGCACUAGUGAAGAUGAUGUGGUCUGACCCCUCUUCAUGCAAUGUAGUCUCCCAUAUAAGAGUUCUUCCAGUCAGAUGACUUGAGCAAUGCAGCUUUAAUAAUGUCCCUUUCCCAUGCUUUGAUUCCCUCCUGAUACUAGUUAAAGUCUAGAUCUGGCUUCCCCAAUCUGAUGCCCUUAAGAUCAUUGAUUUACAUCUCCCUGAAUUCCCAAUCCGCCAUGACUAGAAAUGGAAUUUUGCCAAGACUAAGGAAGCUGAUUUAUGCAUGGGUGUGCCAUGGAGAAAAAUCUGAAGCACAGAUUGAAAUGGGCUUCAUGGCUGUUUUAAUAGCCUGCAUAAAAUGAACGUUCAUGCUUGAAAUGACACAGCCAGAAAAUGUUCUGAAGGUAAUAUUUACCAAUUAUUACAGUGGUUGAAGUUUGUUGGAUUGUUUCAAAGUAGCUUGGCAUUUAAUUUUUGGAUAACUUAUUUUGGAUAAGUUAAUUGUGGGGGAAAAAUUGGGAACAGCUGUUAACAACUUAGGACAAACUGCUAAGAUGUUUUGGGCAGCAAGGGUGAUGUGUUAAAAAUGGGUGAAAAUCUACUUCCACUUCAAAUAAGAUAGUGACCAUUAGGAUGUGGCUAUGACAAAAUGUCUGUCUCCAUUUUCUUAGGUUUUUGCGUUAAAACUAGGGUAUCCUUCCCAACUGAGUUCCCAGGUUACCAAGUUGCGGGAAUAAUUUCAUCCAAUUUACAGCCAUCUAGAUGGUUAUAGUAAAAAAGUGGGCAGUUGUAGUUCUAAUAAAUCUUGGGGCCACUAGCUGCAGGAAGGCUAAUUUAGGGUUCUUAAUGUUACCUUUGAAAGCAUUACUUUGUUGAUUGGUUGUUAAAGUAUUUUUAAUUUACAGUGGGCCUGUAGCUCUGAGCAUCUUUCUGGAAACUUAGCACCAAAUCAGUCUGUGAUUUGGGAAUUAGGGUGAAAGUAAAAUACCUUGCAUCCAGAUAAAACAAAUUGAAGGCUGUUGAUUUUUAUAGUAAGGUAAAUAAGAUUGAAAAAGACCAAAAGUUUAUACCAAUUUGAAUUUUAUUUACUGAUUAUUUUUUUUGCAGUGUUAAUGUGUUGGGGAAAAAAAAAUUCAGCAGCCCUGUAUUUCCUAAGUUCAGGAGUAAAAAAUAUGUAAAGCCCAAACUACUUUUUGCAUUUUUAUGCUGUCGAUUGGUUUUCAGAAAGCAGCAAAACUGCAACAUUGCAUAAUGGUCAUUGGUCAGGUAUGGUUUUUAAAGGUGAAAGAAAAAAGAUAAGCUUAAAACUACAGACUUUCCAUGAAAUAUGUAAUUUCAAAGGAGGGGAGAGUGCAUUUGGAUAUUUAGAUGCCCUUUUCCAAUUUUAGCUGCAGGAGAAGCUCUCAGAUUUGUUGCGUAAGAAGCAGUGAGCAAAAAAGUAACAUUGGCUAAGCCAAGGAUUUUCCAGUACUGGGGGAGUGGAUUUGAAACGCAGAAAAUUAUUAGCAAAAGGAAAGGAUUCUGAAUUUUCCCAAAAGGAGGGCAGCAUUGUGGCACAUGAGCAGUGACCGAAUCUUCAUAGUUUAUGUCUGAAAGGAUUGAUGUGCAAACAUGCUGAAGGACCAGCGCGCACCAUAAAGAGCCCACUUCGUGUUGAUUUUAAUCUGUGUUGCAUCUUGACUCUUUACCAUCUCGUGUCAGCUGCCGAACUGCUGUCCUGCUUCUCUCAAGUAGCCUCCUUCCAAGCAUUUCUUCUGUUGGCUUUCUGUAUCUCAAGAUUUAUGUCCAGAAGUUGAACAGAGGCAGCAGGAAGACACCUAAAGAAAGCUCUAGAUUCAGACAGCAGCAAACUUUUUUUUUUUUUUUUUUUGAGAUGAACUGCUUUGAACCUACUCUUCAGAGGAAAACCUACAGCUUUUCUGGUAUUUCCCCAGAUAACAGACAGAUGCCUCAUUGUCAAACUCAUAAAUAAAUCACAGCCACAGAUGUCAAUGCUGUAAAACUUGUCCAGCAACCAUUACAACAAAGCCUCUGUUAGGUCUCCUUCUGUUGAGGUCUAUCAAACAAAAGCAUGAUUUGUAAUCAUCUCCUGGGCUGCUGCUUUCUUUUUUUCUUUUUUCUCCUUCCCCCCGCCCCCCUUCCCUUCUUCCCAUUUGUGGAUAAAUUCAGGAAAAACUUUUCUGUUUUGUUAACUGCUUCUCCAGUAUGCUUUGCAAUCUUGUUUCUCGACAGGCUACGGUAAACAGGUCAGUGAUCUAGAAUGCAAAAGUGGUCUCAGUUUUUUGUUUUUUUCUUUUCUUCCUCCCGAAGCUUUCUCCUUCUCUCCUGACUUUGACAUAGUUGUAAAAAAACAAAGAAAGAAAAAGGUUGAAUCUGGAGUUACAAAUCUUUGGGGGGUCUAUUUUGUGGUCCUAUCUCUAUAGCACUGGAUAAAAAAUGUCUACGCCAUUUAUUCAGAUAUAUAUAUAUAUAUAUAUCUGAGACAUAUCUGAGAUAUAUAUAUAUAUAUAUAUAUAUAUAUAUAUAUAUAUAUCAAGUUAAAUUGCAAACUUAUGCCAGUGUAAAACCAGCCCAUGUGAGAGGUUGUUGUUUUUUCUUUGCUUUUCUACUUGUUCAGAAAGACUUUAUCAUUCAGUUUUCAUGAUUUAUUGUCUAAAGAAGACUGAUAUAGAUGUUCUAUACUGUCCUGGACCCAUGUUAAUUACACCUUUUAUGAUGUACUUUGGUUCCACAUCACAAUGAUUUUCUUCCCCCUCCCACCCACCCCUAAAAAUUCUCUUUCUUAAUCCUUUUUCCAGGCACAUUUUUUCUGUUGCAGGUUUCCCUUCGCAUUGUAUUGCUCUGACAAGUGUAAUUUGAAUCAGAUCUGAAAGAGGUCCAGAAUAAAAUAUAUUUUGAUACGA